AUGGCCGGUCCAGCCCCAAACCUCUACAGUUUCCCUAAUACCGACGCUCUGGCCGAGCAAUUACGAGGGUAUGUCCUUCGCCGCCAAAAUUCCGCCCUGAGCCGUCACAACACUUUCCGCGUCGCAGUCUCUGGAGGCUCUCUCCCCGUUGUUCUCGCCAAGGCUCUCCUAGCCCCUGGAGAUGGCACCCCUGAGGAUAUCCCUCAAUUCUCGAAAUGGGAAAUCUUCUUCGCAGAUGAGCGCGCAGUUCCUCUCGACCAUGAGGACAGUAACUACCGCCUCCUGAAAGACGAGCUUCUCAACAAAAUCCCAUCGCAGCUCGGUUCGCCCCAGGUGCGGACCAUCGACCCGAACCAUGUCAACGACGAGGACCCACAAGAGCUUGCGGACUUGUACCAAGAAGAACUGAUGCGCUCCUUUGCGGCGAAGGAUAGUGUGAAGCUGCCUGUCUUUGACCUGAUUCUCCUUGGAUGUGGUCCCGAUGGCCACACCUGCAGUCUCUUCCCAGGCCACCAAUUGCUACGGGAGAAGGAUGCUUGGGUGUCCCCAAUCAGCGACUCCCCAAAGCCCCCUCCAAGACGCAUUACCCUCACCCUACCAGUGGUGACGCACGCCCUGAACAUUGCCUUUGUGGCCACGGGAGGUGGAAAGAAGGAUAUCAUGAAGCAGAUCUUUGAUGCAGAGGAGGGGAGAGACCUUCCGUCCUCUCUUGUCAACGAGGGUGCUGGCGAUAAGGUGAGCUGGUUCACCGACUAUGCCGCAGUGGAAGGGGUCACCUUCCCUAGGCGUGGAAGCCUGUAA